AUCACGUGCGGGCGGUGUGGGAAAGUUAUAUUUGGUAGAGCGCGUUUUCACACUUGCCUCUCGUCCUUUCAUUUAGACAUCUUCUGGUUUGCUCUCCCCCGGCCCAAGGUUUCCAGGCUUCUUCAGCUACUCCAUCUAUACUUUUACAAACUGAAUAAACCGAUAUGGAGACCGGGCAGCCAACUGGUGCUCCAAUGCCUUCUGGUACCGCGCCUUACUCGGUGCCAGCAUACUCGAGUGGGUCGCUUGUUGACAUUCUAAAGCAACCCGCAACCAUUCUCCGUAUUCUUGAAUGGUUCUUUGCCGUGAUAUCUUUUUCCACCAUUGCAUCCUAUGGAAAAGCCGCGACAGGCACCUCUGAAGGCGGUUUCAUGAUCUUCACCGGAGUGGUCGCAUGGCUUUUGACCAUGGUGUUUCUAGCUGUGUAUAUUCUCCGUCCUCCUCAACUCUCUGGUCGCGUCUGGGCGUAUUUUGAAGUCGCUGUCAGUGCGAUUUGGGUGGUGUUUUGGUUUUCAGCAAGUAUUGCGGUGGCAGCUUAUGGCUGUAGUUUUGAUUGUGCCAAUUUUAAUGCGUCGAUUACGUUUGGAUUCUUUAGUUUUGCUGCGUGGGCUGCCAGUACUUGGUUCGCGUAUAUGGAGCUGAGAAACUUGUGAAAACCGUAUCUCAAAGUUGUUCGGCAUUAGAUUCUUUAUUAUUAAAAAAGAUCCCCUUUGUGAAUAUGUGUUAUGGGACACCUGGCGCUCUGGGAUCAUUUUUGAGCUGAGGCUUCGUUUUUGGAAAUAAAACCUUUUCAAGGUUGUUUGCAUCCACGAUAUGUAAUUUCCAGUCUGUGUCGUGAUCUCUAGCGAUGAGUAUGAAAAUAGCUACAUGCGAAACCCGUUCU